CCGCAGCAGCUGUCGACCAUCGAAAAGAGCGUCACCCAUCUGCUCGUCGCUACUAAGCAGCUCCUCGAAACUUUAACCCAAUGGUCUCGCAAUGCUGCCAGCGAGAGCGAGGUCUCGGAUGUCUACGUUCGUCUGGGCUAUGAGUUCAACAUUGCCUGUCGCGCCUUCAACGGCAUAGGUGUCGAUACCCAGGAUCUCGGCCCUGUCCCCGAUCUUCUGCGCGCCAUUCUCGAGGAGACCCUCAGCCAGGAAGCCAGUCAACAGAGCCUCGACCGAUUCCUCCCACGUAUUCGCGAUAUCAUCAUCAACCUACUGCAUGGCCUUAAGAAGAAGCAGCAGCGUUUGCGACAACGUACCAGCAGUGGCAUUGCCAACGAGCCUUCUGGUCAUGACCUCCCUCCACGCUCGGCCUCUAUCCAGGGAGGCAGGUCGUCACCGAGGAAAGAAUCCUUUACUCCUGCUGCCCCGACACAGCACGCCCGCGAUCAAAGCCGUGAUACUACAGUCUCCGACUCAUCAUCCAUGUCGAGCAAUGCCAUGCAAAAUAUCCCCGUCAUUGCUCCAUAUCCCCAAGAAGACACGAUGCCUGCUCAGCCACCAGCACAGUAUGGAAACGAACCUGCUCCUGUAGCCCACCAGCAGGAGUCUCCGCGACCGCCCUACACCGAACACAAUCUACCUCUGCCGCCUCCUCCCCCGCCACCGAAACAACAAGAUGCACUGGCUGCUUUGCAACGUGGUGGAGAGCUCGAGAGGAGAGCCUCGAGACGUUUUUCCGCCUAUCAAAUUUCGAAACAUUUGGGAUCUAGCAAUGGACGCCGCAAGUCUAGGAUACAGCGGCAAACCACUCCUCCUCCUUCCUUUAACGAAAAGGUUUCUUCUCAGCAGCAAUUUGUACCCGAAUCUUCGCCACAACCUGGCAAGGAAUUGACUCUCUUCCUUCAGUACAAGAGCAAGAUCAAGAAAUUUGUUCUGCCUGAUGGUGGUGAUUUGUCUAUAGCCAGGCUUCAACUUGCGUUCAUCGAGAAGUUUGCUUGGAAUACACACAACAACGGCAAUGACCUUCCUGAGAUCUAUUUGCAAGAUCCCGUUUCAGGAAUACGUCACGAAUUGGAAGAUUUGGCUGACAUCAAGGAUCGUUCUGUACUUGUUCUGAACGUUGAACAACUCGACGAAGUCAAGAAACACUUUGACGACAGUAUUGGAGGUAUCAAGAGCAUGAUCGAAAGUCUAAAAACCGCUGUGGAUGAUCAGCAGACUGCGAUUCAUCGAGUCUCCGAGAGACAACAAGAAGCUGCAAAGGAGAUGGCUACUAUGGUAGCAGCACCUGCACGCGCUCAAACACCUAACGCAACGCCGCCACCGCUCCAAACUGCAUCAUCCAAAGGCACACCUGCUCAGCUUACUGAAGUUCAGUCUCUCCGCCGCGAGCUUGCUGUUGUCCGUCAAACUUACACAUCGUUUGUCGACGACAUCAACUCAUCCAUGGCCUCUAUUCGAACCAAGGCUGCCUCAGUCAAGACUGCUGCGAACAAGGCGCGUGUUCCUUCCAUGUCCGCUGGCUCUGGUCGAUCCUACGUCAAUGGCGGCAAGAAAUCGCUUUCAGAUGAUAGCGAGAAGCUUGUCACCCAAGUGGAUGAUCUGCAAGAUACCGUGGAGGAUCUUCGCAAGGACGUCGUGCAACGCGGAGUUCGACCCCUACCUCGCCAACUUGAUGCCGUCAGCAAAGACAUUUCCACUGCAACAUCAGGCCUCAAGAAGUUGCAAGAGUUCCUCAAACGUGAGAAACCCAUUUGGACCAAGAUCUGGGAGAAAGAAUUGCAAGUCGUCUGUGAAGACAGAGAUUUGCUCACCAUGCAGGAAGAACUCUGCAUUGACUUGGAGGAUGACCUCGAGAAGGCGGCUGAAACAUUUGCACUCGUCGAGCAAGCUACAAGACAACAGAAUCUGCAAAACACGCCUCGCUCUUCUUCUCGUACACUCAACCCUGUUGCCCUCGACCGUGGUGGCGACCCCGAGAAAGCUCGCACAGGUGUUCUAGGCGAAGUACGCGCCCUCCAACCGAACCACGAGUCUCGCCUCGAAGCCAUCGAACGUGCCGAGAAAGCGCGACAAAAAGAACUGGAGGAACGUCGCGACGGCGAAUUUCAGAAAGAACUCAGCAGUUUUGUUGAGGAAGGAAAGCUCAAGAAGAGUGGUGGCGUAGAAGAGGCAGAGCGCUUGCGU